AUGGGGUUUCUAGAGGUUGUAAUUCCUCCAGAUUUUAUUCCCGAAGAAACGUCAGGAGAUGUAAUGAUACCUGAAGGAGGAACAGCAAGAGUAUCUUGUAAAGCCAAAGGUAUGCCCAAGCCGCGAAUAAUGUGGCGACGAGAGGAUGGAGGUGAUAUUAUACUAAGAAAUGCUCAUGGCGACAAAAAUAAAGUCGCCGUUUACGAAGACGAAGUAUUGACACUGACGAAGAUUUCUCGCUCGGAUAUGGGCGCUUAUUUGUGCAUUGCCAGCAAUGGUGUACCUCCAUCAGUUAGCAAGAGAAUUAUGAUUAAAGUUCACUUCCACCCGGUGAUCCAAGUACCAAACCAGCUGGUGGGCGCCCCUCUCGGCACUGACGUCUCCCUCGAGUGCUACGUCGAGUCCUCGCCAAAAUCUAUCAACUAUUGGGUCAGAGAUUCCA